AAACGGCCAUCAAAAUCUCAAAUUCGAAAGACAUUCACUUUCCCUCUAAAACGCUCCGUUUGUAUUUCAAAUCAAAGAUUCAGAUCUCUUUUUGCCUAAUUUUAGAUCAACAAUGGAUUCUACCAAGGAGAAGAAGGGUGCAGGAGGAAGAAGAGGAGGAGACAGAAAGAAGGCUGUUUCAAAGUCGAUUAGAGCUGGGCUUCAAUUUCCAGUGGGUCGUAUUAGCCGGUUUCUCAAAAAGGGCCGAUAUGCGCAGAGAUAUGGUGCCGGAGCUCCGAUCUAUCUUGCUGCCGUUCUCGAGUAUCUCGCCGCCGAGGUGCUUGAGUUGGCUGGGAAUGCAGCAAGAGAUAACAAGAAGAACAGGAUAAAUCCUAGGCAUGUGCUGCUAGCGGUGAGAAAUGAUGAGGAGUUAGGCAAAUUGCUUCAAGGGGUUACUAUUGCAAGUGGUGGAGUGCUACCAAACAUCAACCCUGUUCUGUUGCCAAAGAAAUCUGCUGCCUCUGAUAAAUCUUCUACUGAGCCCAAAUCGCCAAAAUCUCCUAAAUCAGCCAAAAGCGCCUAAACAGUUACUAAUGUAUCAAUAAUGGAAUUUAGGAUCUAGGAUUUCUUUUUUUUUUUUUUUUUCCCCUGGUGAAAUUUGUCUACCCUUUAGUAGUGCAUAAUGUAGUUGAUGUUAUAUUAUAAUGGAAAUUCACUUGUUUCCUGCUUUUUCAA